AUGACUCUGGCUGUUCUUACACUUCUGGUCGGCGUUCAAGGCGAACCAAAGGUGAACGUGACCAUAUAUAUGGAAAGCUUGUGUCGGCACUGCACUGAUUUUCUGCGAGGUCAGUUUUCGCCUUACUGGCUUUCUUUACAGUACAACGUCAAUAUCAAGCUGGUUCCUUAUGGAAGGGCACGAUACGUGAACAGCACGCUGCAUUGUCGGCACGGACCAAAUGAAUGUGCGAUUAACAAAAUUAUGGCAUGUGCGAUGAAGCACUUCCCAGGUUACAACGAGGUUGUGCCUUUCGUCCUGUGUCUUCAACAAAAAUCGCCCGAUAUGAUGGAGUCAUGCUCUGAACCACUCGCGGUGGAUCAUGCCAAGCUUAAAACAUGUGUUGAAGGCAAAGAAGGCGAUUACCUUAUGGAAGUAUUGUAUAAGGAAACGGCUAAACUGAUUCGGAGGAUCAAAGUUAUCUCUCGCGUUCCUAUUUUACUCUUCGACGACGACAUUAAAAUUGGUGGCGACGUGCCGUUCGGCGAGGAAGUGUGCAGGAGACUGCCGGAAACUAUUCAGAAAGAUAAAUGCAAUUGGUUCCAUCUGAAGCGCAACGGGCAACGUCGUUCAACCUACAUAUUUUCCACCCUCGGUAUAAUCAUCGUGAUUGGUUUCAAAACUGCAUCACUGCUCAGUUAA